AUGGAGGUCAACAGAGAAGAAGCCCUCAGGGCCCUCGCCAUCGCACAGAAACACCGCGCAGCCACAAACUACCCCUCCGCCCUCAAGUUUGCCCGCAAAUCAGUCGCCCUCUAUUCCACCCCCGAGGGCGAGGCCAUGGUCACCAUUAUUGAGCGCGAUAUCAAGAUAGCAGACGCUGGCGGUUCGGCACCCGCGGCGUCUGCGGGGGAGAGCAAAGGCAAGGCGAGCGGGGUGGAGGAACAUGUCACAGAGGCGCAUGCGAGGCCGGGGCAUGGUAAAGCUCAGUCAGCAGGGGCUGGUGAGAAGAAGAGGGAGUAUACGCCCAAGCAGAUUGAGGUGGUCAAGCGGGUCAAGGCGUGCAAGCACCACGAAUACUAUGAGAUCUUGUCGGUGGAAAAGAGCUGUAGUGAGAACGAUGUCAAGAAGGCGUACAAGAAGCUUGCUCUCGCCCUGCAUCCCGACAAAAACGGCGCACCAGGUGCCGACGAAGCUUUCAAAAUGGUCUCCAAAGCCUUCCAAGUCCUCUCCGACACCAAUCUCCGAGCAGCAUUCGACUCCAACCCUUCCUACGACCCCACACAACGCAACCCUGGACCUAGCGGUGGUGGCAUGUCGGGUAUGAGGGGAGGUGGGAUGCACCCCGGUUUCGGGGGCGGAUAUCAGCAAGAAGUGAACCCGGAGGAUAUAUUCAACAUGUUCUUUGGAGGAGGGGGGGUUAAUGGAGGGUUUGGGGGUGGGUCGCCGUUCGUGUUCUCGUUCGGCGGGCCCGGGAUCCGUAUCCACCAAACCGCCCCCCGACGUCCCCGCCAAGCAGCAGACGCCGCCGAAGCUUCCCCCCUAACCGCCCUCCUGCCCAUCCUCCUCGUCCUCGCCUUCUCCCUCCUGACCAUCCUCCCAGGCCUCUUCUCCCCCACCCGCUCCCCGGACCCGUCAUUCUCCUUUGACGCGUCGACAAGACUGGCGGAGGGGAGGGAGACGUGGAAUUGGAAGGUACCUUAUUAUGUGAAUAAGGCGGAGUGGGAGGGGAGUGAGGUUUGGGGGAGUGUGCCGCAGGCGAGGAAGGGGGCGGGAAGUGAGGCGUUGUAUAGUAGUAGAGUACGACAAUUCGAGAAGAAUGUCGAGGGACAUUAUGUCAGGAGACUACAAAACGAAUGCGAAGCAUUCAACGACCGCAGAAGAGCGCAUAUACAAGACAACUCUGGUUUCUUUGGGUUCGGCGCAGAUUACGAGAAGAUCAAGGAACUGCGCGCGAUGAAGAGUCCGGCUUGUCAGCAGCUGCGGACGUGGGGGAUUGGGCAGGGGUCGAUCUAUUAG